GCCGGUGUUUCAUAAUGUAACACUGUGACAUUUGAGGUACAAAAAUUAGUUGACAUCAUAGAGGGGGGAAAAAGCCGAUGGCUUAUACCGAAAAGCGAAAACCGAAAAUAUUCGAUAACAAAUAAUAAAAUAAAAUAAAUAUCUCUAGUUAAUUCGGCAAUUAAAUAGUUUAAAUUAUUCAAUUGAUAUGUCUGACUCGGUGAAUGGGCCAGUAGAUUCAAAUAUUAAACAAUCUCCUCGGAUUUUACCAAUUUAUCCUGAAAAUCCUAAUGAUUUUUCUCGAACUUCUAGUGUAACUCAUAUCCCUAAAAUUAAAACUAGUGGAAUUAUUCUGGGACCAGCUCUGGGUAAUGGACUGGGGAUUGGAUUUCCUGGAGGUAAUGGUUUACCAAUUAGUGGAGGUGGAAUUAAACAACGAAAGAAAUCUCGACCCCAUUUAAAGAGGAAUUCUACUAUUAGUGGUAGUCAUCAAAAUUUUAUUUAUUCAGUUGAUGAUGAUGUUAAUGAAGAUGUUGAUGAUAAUAAAGAUGAAGAAAUUGAAGUAACUAAUGAUAGAGAUUAUUUGGAAGGUUAUAAUGAUGCAUUAAAGGCAUUACAUCAAAGAAGAUCUAAAUUAAUAAUUCGAUCAUCAGAUGAUUUAAAUAAAGUUAAACAAAUUGAAUCUCAUAUAACAAAAGAUUUAAUAGAUGCUGAAGAAAAUAUGAAACUUUUGGAUAAUUUUAGAGAUAAUGAUAAUAUUGCUGAUAAUACUAUUGAAUCAGAAGAAGAUUUAGAAGUAAGUUUUCAUGAAGAUAAUGAAUCUAUUCGUACAUCAUCUUCAUCAAAUACAAUAGAAUCAUUAAAUUUAAAGGAUAGACAAGCUGCUAUUAAUAAAACUCAUCCUUUUGGUAUUAAAAUUUGGAAACCUUCUUUAUAUAAAAAGCAAAGAUCGGUGGCUGCCAGAGCUGAAGAAGAUAUUCAUGAUUUUGAUCCUACAAAACCUAAAAGAAUCUUUUGGGGAGUUACCCUAACAAAUUUACUUUGGUCUUUAUUUAUUGGUAUACCAUUAUUUAUUCUUUGCAUUUCUGGAGGUUGUAUAGUAUUUAUAUCAUCAGGAUUUGGAAUUCAUCGAGCUCUGAGACCUUAUGUUCGAUUAUUAUUUAAAUUGGGUAAAUAUUGGUUAUACCCAUUUGGUAAAUUUGUACUUUUAAAUAAAGAUGAAAAUUAUUUAAAUGAAGAUGAACAAUAUGGAAGAACUUUAAAAGAAUUUCAAAGAUGGAGAUUACAAGAAGAAGGUCGAUUAUUCUUUGCUCCACCUAGAAGAAAUACUCAAAGUGCAGAAUCAAGACCUUUAUUAAAAGAUCAUAAGGGUAGACCACUUGGAGAUGCAUAUUCUUCAUUAGGUGGAGAAGAUCAAAAUAGUCAAACUCAUAAUGAAUCUAUAGUAGAUAAUGAUGAACAAGAUCUUGAACAAGAUCAAGACCAAGAUCAAGACCAAGAUAUUAAGAUGCGUCUUUUUGGUAGAGGAAGCUGGUCUUCUGGACGUUUAGCAUUUUAUCUUUUCUUUCAUGUUGUAUUACAACCAAUCUUAUAUAUAAUUGGAUUUUUUUGUUGGCUUAUAGUUUUUACAAUUCCAAUGGCUAAUAUUACUAAUACUAUAUGUUAUCAUUUAAGACGUCAUCCAUUAGCGUUAGAUUUUGAAAUUGAAAAGGAAUAUUAUAAAAGACAUCAAAAAAAGAAAAAGAAUCAAAUGAUUAUUUUAUGUACUUAUAGAUGUUGUGGAUCUCAUUAUUAUAAGUAUACAAUUGAUGGUACUAAUAUUUUCUUUAUAAAUUUAUUAGCAGCAGUUAUAUUUGUUAUAUUUGAUUUUUAUGUAUUUAAAGAACAAUUAGAAUGGGAUUCAUGGUUUACUGAUUCAACAUUUAUAUUUUGUGCAUGUCUUUUUUCAAUUAUUCCAUUAGCUUAUUUUAUUGGUCAAGCUGUAGCAUCUAUUUCUGCUCAAUCAUCUAUGGGAGUUGGUGCAGUUAUAAAUGCCUUUUUUUCAACAAUUGUUGAAAUCUUUUUAUAUUGUGUUGCAUUAAAUCAAGGUAAAGGUAAAUUAGUUGAAGGAUCAAUGAUUGGUUCAAUUUUAGGGGGAGUAUUAUUAUUACCGGGUUUAUCAAUGUGUGGUGGUGCAUUAGUUCGGAAAACUCAAAAAUAUAAUCCAAAAUCAGCUGGAGUAUCAUCAACAAUGUUUUUAUUUGCUAUGGUAGUAAUGUUUGCUCCUUCAUUAUUUUAUCAAAUUUAUGGUCCUUAUCAAAUUAGAUGUAAAAAAUGUGAAUUUAAUCUUUUUGAAGAUGAUUGUACAAAAUGUCGAUUUGUUCAACCUUCACUUGAAUUAGAUGUAUUAUAUUAUAAAAUAAUUCAACCAUUUUCUUUAAUUGUAGCUGGUUCUUUAUUUGCUACUUAUAUUUGUGGAUUGUAUUUUACAUUAAAGACUCAUGCUUCAUUAAUUUGGGCAACUCAUGAACCAACAAAUCUUAAAAAGGAUGAACUGUCCUAUAGAUCUCCAAGUGUAUCAAGUUUUGCAACUCCACAACAAAUUCCUGCUGGUUCAAGUAAAGUUCCUCAACGUCUUAGUAGUUUACCACCUUCAGCUUUAAAAUCACUUGCUUCACCAUUAAUUCAUAGAAAACUGGUGGAUGAUACUCCUAUAAAAGUGGUUGAAGAAAAUGAACAUGAAGGUGGAGGUCAUGAUGCGCCAAAUUGGUCAACCACAAAAUCAGCUAUAAUCUUAUUAGGUGCUACAUUAUUAUAUGCAAUUAUUGCUGAAAUUUUAGUGGAUACUGUAGAUGCAGUAUUGGCUGAUUAUCCAAUUGAUCCAAAAUUUUUAGGAUUAACAGUUUUUGCAUUAGUUCCAAAUACUACUGAAUUUUUAAAUGCUAUUUCAUUUGCAGUUGGUGGUAAUGUGGCAUUAUCUAUGGAGAUUGGUAGUGCAUAUGCAUUACAAGUAGUAUUAAUUCAAAUACCUUCUUUGGUAUUUUAUUCUAUUUCUAUGGGAUUUAUUAAUGUUGAACAAAUGUUUUCCCUAGUAUUUCCAAGAUGGGAUAUCAUUGCAACUUUAAUUUCUAUAUAUUUGUUUACAUACAUUUAUGCUGAAGGUAGAUCUAAUUAUUUCAAAGGAUUUAUCUUAAUCAUUAUGUAUGCGGUAGUUAUGAUUGGGUUUUGGUUUAAUGAUAAAAUUGAAUCAUUGAAUGAUGGUUAUACUGGAUCUCGCGAUUCAUAUAUUUAGUUACUUUAUGCUUACUAUAUAUAUA